CAAUGCGGUUUUCGUGAUUCAGUUUUGACUCGUUUGCUGAAAGAUUGUUUGGUUGGGAACGCUCGAACGACGAUGCUAGCGACGGUGUCACCUUCGGCCGAAUUCUCGAACGAAACGCUCUCAACGCUUCGUUUCGCCACUCAGGCUGCAUCCGUCGCACUGAAGCCAAAAGUGAACAUCGACCCUUUCCUUGAACUUGUCAAUAGUAAGUCCAUCUUUUCAAAUUCCUUAUCUGUAAUUUGCAAAAUGAUGGUUUGA